AUGUCUCUGUCCCUAUACCACCAUGGGCAGCUGUGCGGCAACAUCUGUGGCCAUGUGGUACUGAUGACUCUGAAAGCAGACAAUGAUGGACUGUCACUUGAGGACUGCAUUCAUUCAUUCAUUCAUUCAUUCGACCUGAAUAUAAUUAAACGGGUCCAUGGGGCUGCAAUAGAAAGGCAAAAGGAUGGAGGGGCAGGUCAGGUCAAGGUCCUGGCGCUGGAUGACGGAGGUCAUUUCCUGGGCCACCUCGCGGUCCUCAUGGCCAAGCAAGUACUGUCGGGCAGGAAGGUGGUGGUUGUGCACUGAGCGGGCGUCAACAUUUCUGGCAAUUUCUACAGAAGUAAGUUGAAGUACCUGGCCUUCCUCCUUGAAGCAGAUGAACACCAACGCAGUCCAUGGUCCUCCAAGGUCCUCCAAGGUCCUCCAAGAUCCUCUGGGAUCCUCCGGGGUCCUUACCACCUCCGAGCCCCCAGCAGCAUGUUUUGGCAGAGGGCGUGGGGAGACACGCUGCCCCCCAAAUCCAAGCAAGGUCAGGAUGCCUUCGACCGAGUGAAGGUGUUUGAUGGGAUCCUCCCACGUUAUGACAAGAAAAAGCAAAUGGUGGUUCCUGGGGCCUUGAAGGUUGUGUGUCUGAAGCCUACACUGAAAUUUGCCUCCCCAGGGCACCCGGCCCACGAGGUUGGCGGGAAGCGCCAGGCAGUCAUGGCCGCUCGGGAGGAGAAGAGGAAGGAGAAGGCCAAGAUUCAUUGCCGGAGGAAAAAGCAGCUCAUGAGGCGGUGGAAACAGGCCGAAAAGAACAUAAAGGAGGAAACUGGCAGGUUUAUAGAGGUCCUGAAGACUCAUGGACUCCUGGUCUGGGCCCAAUAG